AUGAACCAUCAGAAGAUCGCUGCCCGCCACAAACGGGUGCUCAGAUCCCGCAAGCCGCUCAAGUACAAGCAGAAGAACAUCGACCUCCUACUAUACCUGAACUAUCUGCGGUUCAUGAACGCUCUGAUCAAGAAAGCCAACGAGGCUGCCGAGCAGGACGCGAGCUCAGGAAUAUUGGACCGCCAUUUACAGGACGCCCAGCUGGAGUUUAUGAAACGGUUCAGAGGCUAA